UCUUUACCUCAACCUCACUCUUUUUAGCGCAUAAAGGCUUUCUUUGGCUCUCUGCAACUCAAUCGAUCAUCCAUGGCCGACUUCACCGACUCCGCUUCCCGCCACCACCUCUCCGUCGCCACUCCGCCCCCGAUCUCCAAAGCUGGACAAGGUUCUGAGAAUCCCAUCCCUCUUUCACCGCAAUGGCUUCUGCCAAAGCCAGGGGAGAAUAAGCCUGGAGCGUUAAGCGGGAUGCAGGAAAAACCUUUCAGCCCAAAUCCAUCAUUUGGAAAUCGCUCAGACACCAUGAAAUUGUCAGGAAAUGGUGAUGAGGUUCAUGAUACCCAGAAGAAAAAGGAUGUUUUUAGGCCAUCCUUGCUGGACAUGGAAAGUGGUGGGCGUCGUGAACGCUGGCGGGAUGAAGAGAGAGACACCAAUUCUGCUGUGUGGAAGGAUCGGUGGAGGGAUGGGGAUAAAGAGCUUGAUGACACUCGCAGGAUGGAUCAUCGGGCGGAAAAUGUGCCAGCAAAGCACUUUGGAGAGGCACGUCGUGCACCAUCAGAAAGGUGGACCAACUCAAGUAACAGGGAGUCCAAUUACGAGCAACGACGAGAGAGCAAAUGGAACUCGCGUUGGGGUCCUGAUAACAAGGAGGGAGAAGGUUUGCGUGACAAAUGGACUGACUCAAGCAAAGAUGGCAGCAUGCAGGAUAAAGGCUUAUCUCAUGCUGGAAAUCACGGGAAGGAUGAGAAGGAUGGGGAUCACUACCGGCCUUGGAGAUCAAACUCUUCCCAAAUGCGAGGAAGGGGGGAGCCUUCUCAUAACCAGACUCCGCCAGUCAACAAAUAUGUUCCUGGUAGGGGCCGUGGGGAAAGUACUCCUCCAACUUUUUCUGUUGGACGUGGAAGGGCUACCCCUGGCGGAAGCUUUAUGAGCAGUAUUCCUACAAUUUCUCAAUCUGUCUUAAUGUCAGACAAAGUGGAAAUUGAACAAGGAGAGCCUUACCCUUUUAGGUACAGUAGGACAAAGCUGCUUGAUGUAUACAGGACGGCUGAUAUGAGAUCAUCUCGAAAGUUAGUUGAUGACUUUAUAGAUGUGACUUCUCUUACACUGGAGGAACCACUGGAGCCUCUGGCUCUUUGUGCACCAAAUCCUGAGGAAACGGCUCUUUUAAAGGGAAUUGACAAAGGAGAUAUAGUAAGUAGUGGUGCGCCUCAAGUUUCCAAAGAUGGAAGGAACCCGGUAGAGUUUACACAAACAAGAAGAACAAAACUUGGAAGUGGAGAAGACUUACCACUGGCAAAUACCGAGUCUAAGGAUGAACACAUUGUUAGUUCAAAAGGUGGUUUUUCGAAUUAUUUAGAGAGCUCCCCUCAUGAACAGCAAUUACUUCAUCAUGGAUCGAGCCUCAAAGCUGAAACAACGCUGGAUCAGAAGACAUACUCAGAGAACAGGUUCAGAGCUGAAGCUCUUAGAGAAGGGGGUCCUUUUAAAAAGGCUGACGAGGCCUCUAGUAGUAGGGAAUUGAGCAUGUCGGGAGGAGUGACUGCUCAUUCUGGAACUCCAUGGAGAGCUCCAUCUCAGGUAGAACGCUCAAGUACAGUCUUCCAUGAUUGGCAAGACAGUCCCAGAGAUAUAAAGUCGGGCGCCCCUCCUGCAAUGUCGUGGUCGCAGAGACAGAAGGAUCUAAACAAUGACUGGGAGAGUAAUCUGGCCAACCAAUCUUACACCAGAAAUGAUGCAAAAUGGAAAAGCAGUGAAGAGCCUGUUAUUAGAAGGCAGCUAUCUGGAGUUCUAGAUAGGGAACAGGAAGUGAGAAAACCUCAACAGCCUUCACCGGAGGAACUCCAACUUUAUUAUAAGGAUCCUCAUGGUGUAAUACAAGGCCCUUUUUCUGGGGAAGACAUUAUUGGCUGGUUUGAGGCUGGAUAUUUCGGUAUAGAUCUGCUAGUUCGUGUGGCAAGUGCACCAAAUGAUUCACCAUUUUCAUCACUUGGUGACAUAAUGCCUCAUUUACGAGCUAAAGCUAGGCCUCCACCCGGGUUCAGUGCUCCUAAAAAUGAAGUUAUUGAUAACUCAAGUAGGGCAAACUUUAGUAAUGUCGGGAAGAUUCAUACUGGUUUAAGCGAGGCUGAUAUAGCAAGAAAUGAACCAAGGGGUAAACAGACUUCAAUGACAGAAGCUGAAAAUAGGUUCUUGGAGUCACUGAUGUCUGGUAAUGCAAGUGGUUCUUCUACUCAUCAGCAGUUCCCUUUUUCUGAAGGUUUGCAAGGAUUUGUUGGAAAUAAUUCUCAUGGUAUGCCUCAUUCUGGAUUGGAGAACCUGUUGGCCAAGAGAAUGGCACUUGAAAGACAGAGGUCUAUACCUAAUCCAUAUCUUGAAAAUCCCCAUAGCCAAAAUGUUGACAUCAAAUCAGUGCUUCAAGGAUUAACAGAUAGGCCAUCUGGCAUAAAUAAUAAUGCUGCUGGUUGGUCAAGUUUUCCUGGUCAAGGUGGGGCUGAUCCACUACAGAGUAAGAUAGACAUGUAUCAUGAUCAAAAUUUUCCUUCCCAAGUGCCCCUUGGUUUCCAGCAACAGAGAUUGCAAACUCAAAAUCAACCACCCUUUCCGAAUCUACUAUCCCAAGCUGUUGACAGUUCAUCAACGCAAGAGAAAUUACUCUCUUCUGGCUUAUUGCAAGAUCCCCAACUGAUGAAUAUAUUGCAACAGCAGUACAUGAUGCAGUUAAAUUCCCAGGCACCUGUUCCAGUACAGCAGAUGUCGUUAUUGGAGAAGAUGAUGUUGAUUAAGCAGCAGCAACAGAAGCAAGAUGAGGAACUGUUAAUGAGGCAACAACAGCAGCUCCUUUCCCAGGUUCUUGCAGAGCAUCAGUCCCGCCAGAAUUUUUCGGAGCCACCAUUUGGACAUUUACAGGCUGCUAUGACAAAGGGGAAUGCAUCUAUUGAUCCGUCUCGGCUUCAGGCAUCACAAGAAAUGUUUUCACUUGGUACAAAUGUGCCAGUUCCAAAUAUGCAAAAUGAGCCCACUACUAACUUUAUGGGACUGCCUUCUCCCGGCAACCAAGAUAUUCGUCAUAAUAUAAGUGAUGGAGCAGCCCCGUCUUUAUCUCAACCACAUCAAGUCUUUGGGAAUAUUCUUCAUCAAAGAAGGUGGGAUAAUACUCAUGUUGGACCAUUUAAUGAUGUACAUCAAGAUUCGGUGACAGUGACAAAUAUUGCCGAGAGAUCACACUUGCUUGAGGGGACCCAUUUGCAGAAUUCCAUCCCUGAUUCCGACAUCACCGCUGCUAAAACUGUGGAGCAAGCAUCAGAAAAGACUUCUCAGGAUGCGGCAACUGAGAUUGUUUCUCAGACUGUUGCAGAGUCUGCAUCUGUGAAGUCUCCUAAAAGUUUAAUCUCUAUGCCACCAGGAGGGCAUGAGGGAGAUAUGCCUGAGCAUUUCAAUGAUGGGAAAGCUCCAUUUGAUUGUCAGGUUGCAGAGCAGGUGAUUGAAAAGGAUAAGGGCAAUGAGCAGGCUUCCUCGGUGACUGAAGUAAAGAAUGCUGAAGUGCGUGGGCAAAAAAAGACAUCUGAGAAGAAGUCCAAGAAGCAAAAGUCUUCUAAGGCACAGUCUACAAGUGACCAGGCAAAAGGAGAAACAAAAUCUGCCUCUUCACAGCAACUAGAGCGGUCUGUGACUGACCUCAAUUCUGGGAUUUCUCUGCAAAAUACAAGAGAUAACAGAAUCGGUACUUCGGAGUUGCCAUCCCAACAAGCUGGAGGCGAUACUGAAUCUGUUCAAGUCAAGGUGGAUUCUGAACCAGUGGAGCCUUUUGCUGUGCAGAAUACCCAAGUACAUAUCGGACAGAGAGGUUGGAAACCUGCUGCUGGUUUUAAGGCAAAAUCAUUAUUAGAAAUCCAACAGGAAGAACAGAGGAGAGCACAAACUGAAGUGGUAGUAUCUGAAGUACCCAAUUCUGUUAACUCGCCAAGUUUAUCCACCCCUUGGGCUGGAGUUGUUGCCAAUUCAGACCCAAAAAUAUCUAGAGAAAAUGAGAGAGAUGCAGAGAUUAAUGAUUUAAAUGUUGGGAAACCUGGAACUUCAAAUCAGAAGAGCAAGAAGAGCCCAUUACAUGAUCUUUUGGCGGAGGAGGUUUUGGCCAAGGCAAGUAAAGUCACUGAGGUUCCUAAUGGAAUUAUAAGUCAACUGUCUCCACAAGUGAUGCCUCAUUCAGUACCUGUGGAUGAUGAUAACUUCAUCGAGGCUAAAGACACUAAAAGGAGUCGCAAAAAGUCGGGAAAGUCCAAAGGUUCUGCAACUAAGGUUUCAGGAGCAAGCACCGCAGUAGAAGUGCCUAUUAGUUCAAGCCCUACUGAGAAAGUUAAAAGCUCCCGUUCUGUACAACAGGAAAAACAAGUAUUACCUGCAAUUCCAUCAGGGCCUUCUUUGGGAGAUUUUGUUCUUUGGAAGGGAGAAACUGUGAACGCUGCUCCUUCUCCCGCAUGGUCAACUGAAUCUGGGAAGCUUAAUAGACCAACUUCGUUGAGAGAUAUCCAAAAGGAGCAAGGGAAGAGGGUUUCCUCUUCUCAGCACGUGAACCAGAUUACAACUCCUCAGAAAUCCCAGCCAACUCAAGCCACCCGCAAUAGUACCCCUUCAUGGUCAAUUUCAGGAUCAUCCCCAUCUAAGCCUGCUUCUCCAAUCCAGAUCAAUUCUCAUGCUUCUCAGUCAAAGUAUAAAGGAGACGAUGACCUAUUCUGGGGUCCAAUUGACCAAUCAAAGCCAGAAACCAAACAGGCCGAUUUUCCUCAGCUGGCAGGCCAGGGCAGUAAGGGAAUGAAAAGUACUCCGUCGAAAGUAACUUCAGCUGGUUCAUUAAGCCGGCAGAAAUCUUUGGGUGGCAAAGGAACUGAGCAAAUGAUCCCAUCCUCACCGGCCUCUCAAUCCUCUCUGAAAGGAAAAAAAGAUGCCAUGACCAAGCAAUCAGCAGAAGCAAUGGACUUCCGAGAUUGGUGCAAGAGUGAAUGUGUCAGGCUAAUUGGGACCAAAGAUACGAGUGUACUUGAAUUUUGCUUGAAGCAAUCUAGAUCUGAAGCUGAGUUGCUUCUGAUAGAGAAUCUUGGGUCUUACGAUCCUGAUCAUGAGUUCAUUGAAAAAUUCCUCAACUACAAGGAGUUGCUACCAGCUGAUGUCCUUGAUAUAGCAUUUCAAGGUCAGAAUGAUCAAAAGGCCACUGGAUCCAGUGGUCCAGGUGUUAAUUCCUACAGAGCAGAUGUUGGGGAUCUUGAUCAAGAUGGUGGGUCAUCCAAAGGGGGUGGCAAGAAGAAGGGGAAGAAAGGGAAGAAGGUUAGCCCUGCCGUCUUGGGAUUUAAUGUUGUUAGUAACCGGAUCAUGAUGGGUGAGAUCCAGACAGUUGAAGACUAGGAAGUUUUCUAGAGAGAUCCGGGUAGUCGAAGACUAGGAAAUUUUAAGAGGCAGUUGUAAAUAGUUUUUGGCUUUGGACUGUAAAUGCUAUUUUACGUUUUAGAAUUUUGCUUUUCUUCUGUAAUGCCACAGCAGCAGUGCUAAUUUUUCUGCUCGAGCAAUUUUGUGUAAUCGUCACUUGCAAUGGUGAGAGACGAACAGUACUGUUAUUUUUGUCACUUCAGAUCCUACCGAAGUUUAAUUUUUCAA